CUCCCGCGGCUAGAUCAUCCUCCGCGCGUAAACGCACCCGCGGUUAGGUGCGGUGUGGGCUCGCCGCGUCCACGUACGUGUUAGUUACAUAGCUGUUGCCGCUGCUGCGACGUACUUGUGGCCGAGGAGCCGCGAGAGGCUGUGAGCCUGUGAAUGGUCAUCAUGGCCGGGAUGCUCCCCGGCGUGGAGUGCGCGCGGCGGCGCCGGCUCCGGCAGGGCGCGGCGGGGGAGGCCGCCGGAGGCACGAGGCGGUCCUCGUUCUGCCUGUACGGGGCCGGCCACGGCGGGCACCCAGCUGGCCUUGGUGACGCAGGCAAUUUCAGCAAGCAGCGGAGCAGCAUCAUGGAGAUGAUUCAUGGGUGGACGCUGGACAGCAAUGUCCGGGAGGCCAAGGAGCGGCUGGACCAGAAGCUCAGGAGCAAGAAGGAGACCGUCAUCAAGAGGCAUCACAGCACGGGGAGCAUAAAUCUGAGCAGAGCCCACAGGAGCGCCGGUGAUGGCGGUGACGGCUGCGGCGGGAGCUCGACAUCGGCGGCGACGCUGGGGGUGCAACGGGAGGUGUACUCGAAGAAGGGGGUGAUGAGGCGGCUGAUGCGGUGGAGCCGGCCGCGGUGGGAGGCCGCGGAGCAGGCGGAGUGCGCGGUGUGCCUGGACGAGUUCCGCGCGGGCGACGUCCUGGCGCACCUCCCCUGCGGGCACCGCUUCCACUGGGCCUGCGCGCUGCCCUGGCUCGAGGGCACCUCACGCUGCCCCUUCUGCCGAUCCCCCGUCGACGCCACCACCGCCACCUAGGAGCUCCGGCCCGCCGUCGGCGCCGACGCAUACGGGACGCCAUAAGCGGCUGGCCGGCGCGCGCACCCAGUAUCCAAUUUGAUGAGGAACUCCGUUAAGGCUCGUCCGAAACCAAGUUAAGGCACGAAAAAGAACCGAUAUAUUAACUCCGUUCUCAAACAAAUGUUAUUUUAAAUACAUACAGACUUCGAAAACUUUGACAUUUAUUACAUGUAAAAUCGAUAGGAUCCGAUACAUGCAAAUGAUAUCGGUCAUAAAAAAUAUUUCCAUAUAAUUAUAUAUUUAAUAAAGUACACUAAGAAAUAAUUAUAAAAAAUAAUGUUAAGAUAUAUGUAUGAAUGGAGGUACUCCGUUCAGUCUUCUAAUUGCUGUCAUCGGAGUGAAUUAGAAAGUGGAUGCAAAUUCGUCAUUUGAGCAAUUAGUUGAGGCUUUGGACUCCUUUACCCUGGUUGUAGUUAAUGCCAUCAUGUAUUCCAAUGUUGUCACUUAGUGUAUGUCGCCUGGUGAUGCAUGCAUAUUGAUUGCUAGAGUAACUAGCGCUCCAAA